AUUGCUAUAUACACGGCCACAUCACGCGGUCGGAUGCAGCUCAUCUAUGGUGGCCAGCCAUUCAUCUUUGAGAAAACCCUGAAGCUAUCGACGGGCGAGGAGAAACGUUAUUGGCGUUGCAAUCAGUGGUGGAAUCAGAAGUGUCGCUCCCGUGUUUUUACAAUCAAUGAUAUUGUUUGUCCCUUGAACCGUUUCCACACGCACGAGGAGAUUGUGCGGCGCAAGAAACGAGUACGUCGAGUGCCUGUGCCUGAUGCCAAUGCCACUACCAAUGCUAAUACCAAUGCCAAUGCCAAAAUGUAUAAAACAACACGGCAACAACAACAGCAAACACAGCAGCAACACGAUCAGCAACAGCAACAACAACAGCAGCAGCAGCAUCACCAACACCUCCACCAACAGCAGCAAUUAGCUAGCGAUGCUAUGCUGACCACCACGCUGACGGAUGAAUCCUCGGCCACCAUCGAUGUCAAUGAGCUGGGGAUGCAUUUAAAGUACGAGGAGAUUGUGGCCGAUGUGACGGGCAUUGUGGGUGCAACACACUCUCAUGCGCGGGUCCUAAGCCGCAAGAAGUGAGCUUAAAGGACAUACUUAUAGUUUAUAUUUUUAUUUUUAAUAUAAUAUAAUUAAUUAAACAUUCAGCUUAUAUGGUAGACACCCCAAUUAUUCAAGUAUGCAAUUUCAAUAAACUUAAAAAAGGCUUCAACAGCGCAAGCGA